AUGGCUCGGGGCCCAUCUCCUCGUGUCCCACGACGAGCCAAGUCCACGAAAUCGGCCUCGGACGACAAGAACCCAGUAGCUGGGCAACAGAAGACCAGCGCCAAACACCCGCCACCCAAGCCGGAGCAGAACCCGUCGCCGGAGCAGCACUCCAUGUACGAAUACUUCCAGAUACCGAAUCUGACCAAGAAUCUCCACCGUCCCACCAAGGAGGAGUUCUUGGCGGCGGCGACGGGGUUCUGGCAGAGACUAAAGGUUCGCUUCAAGUGGUUUUCCAUUCGCAGCAUGCGCCCUUGGAACAUCGACGAGUGGGGUGCCUUUAUAUCAUGGUUCCUCUUUGGUCACAUCGUUUGGAUUCUGGUUGGCACAACGACUUUUGUGUCGCUUGUCAUCCUCUCGAUCAAUACUGUGGUUGCACAAGAAACACUCGCCAAGUGGGUUGGAGAUUACCUGACCGAGUCCGCUGGUCUGACCGUCAUCUUUGAGUCCGCCAUCGUUCCCAGGUGGAAAGACGGAGUCAUCUCGUUUCGUAACGUGUUUGUCUCGCGACGGCCCGGCCAGACAACCUCUUCUGUCAGCAAGGGCUCGUCUUCCGAUGCUGCAGCUGUCGCAGCAGCGGGCAGAGAUUCCGAAAAAGGUGAGCAGCCCGUGGAGGUGGACGACGGCAACUACACCCAGUUCGACAUCACUCUGGACACGGUCAAUGUCACUUUGUCUUUCGCAAAGUGGUGGAACGGGAAAGGCCCUCUCAAAGACGUGGAGAUCAAGGGAGUCCGUGGCGUCGUGGAUCGCACAUCUGUGCAGUGGUCGAGCGAGCCCGUCGAUCCAUAUUCGUAUCGGCACGAGCAUCAUCCCGGUGAUUUUGAGAUCGACAUCUUCAAGAUGGAAGAUCUUCUUGUAACCAUUCACCAACCAAAGGGCUUCCGCCCUUUCUCUGUCAGCAUCUACUCAUGCGAGCUGCCACAGCUUCGCAAGCAGUUUUUGUUUUACGACUUUUUGUCGGCGAACCACAUGUCUGGUUCCUAUGACGGCUCGCUAUUCACGAUACAUCCUCGGCAGGUACACGGAGUCCUGGCGGGACAACAACGCCAAGGCUCGGAUCCACUCGAAGAGCCAGGCGCAUGGAAAAAGUUCAGUCGCCUGCGAAUCGAUGGCCUCAAGAUCGACCACCUAAAUCGCGGUGUGGAAGGACCUUUCGGCUGGAUCUACGAAGGCAACGUGGAUAUCGUCGCUGAUAUCCGUUUUCCAGCGGAAGACGACGACAGCCUGGGCAAAGUCGUCGCCGAAUUUUAUGAUCGCCUAGAGGAAGCCGUGACAUCGAAUCGUUACAUUCAUAUCCUAGAAGGUGCCGCUCGCCGCGAUUAUCACACCCAGAUCCUCCGAGAUCCUCCUGAAGAGGCUGUGGAGAAUCUUGUCCCAGAUGAGGCCGACACCAUAAACACAGUUCCAGCUGCUCCAAGCCACCAGGACGAAUCGAAGUCCUCGAAGGACAAACAUGAGGCAGAUCCGCCGCGUUACCUGGUCAUGGACAUGAGGUUCAACCUAAACGACGUGAAGGCCUCGGUGCCGGUCUUCUCAUCAAAUUUGUCCUACAUCAACCAGGCCCUUGUUCGCCCAAUCGUGGCCUACAUCAACGCGAAAAAGACGUAUAUCCCGAUCGGGUGUCGCAUCGUCAAGCGCGCCUCGGAUUUCGAUGGGUCAUGGUCCAUCUAUGACUGCGGACUUAUGGACGAUGCUUCGGCAGAGGUCUACACUGCGUUCGCGCGCGAUGUCGAGGACCAGCAAAGUCGCAUACGACGAUUCAAGAAGGUUGGGUUCUGGACACUCAGCCUGGCAGUUCACGCGUUGUUCAUGGGCAUGGCAGGCAAUGUUGUUUAG